AUGAUAUUUUUAGGCUUCUUUUCAAUUCUUUCCUUUUUUUUUUUCUUCUGUCUUGAUUUCUUAUCUUUUUCUCUUAUCUUUUUCUUUUGCAUUUUCUUUUUCAUUUUCAAUUUUUCUUUUUUUCUUUCUUUCCAUCAGUCGGUUUUUUCUCUUUUUUCUUAUUUGUUUGUCAUUCUUGUCUUUCUUCUUUUUCUUUUUAAAUUUGUGUUUCUUCAGUUAUUUUUCGUGGCGUUUCUCUCUUUGCAUUUCUUUCUAUUUUCUUUGUCUUUUACUUUUUCUUUGUUUUACUUGUAUUUCUUUCUUUUUUUAUUUUCUUUCGCCAUUCGUUUUAUCUUAUAUCAUUUAAUUUCUGUUUUCUUUCUUUCUACUGUCGUUUCCUUUGUUUUUUGUUUCCCUUACCCAAACUUUAACCACUUUCUUUUAAAUCUAUCUAUCUAUCUAUCUAUCUAUCUAUCUAUCUAUCUAUCUAUCUAUCUAUCUAUCACAUCUCUCUCUAUAUAUAUCGAUCUAUUGGCAACAGUUCAACUAUCUAUCACAAUUCAUCUAUUUGUUCUUAUCUAUGGCGAUCUAUCUACCACAGUUCAACUUUCUAUCUAUCUAUCUAUCUAUCUAUCUAUCUAUCUAUCUAUCUAUCUAUCACAUCUUUCUAUAUAUAUCGAUCUAUUGGCAACAGUUAAACUAUCUAUCUCAAUUCAUCUAUUUGUUCUUAUCUAUGGCGAUCUAUCUACCACAGUUCAACUUUCUAUCUAUCUCCAAAUUCAUCUGUUUCUUUCUAUCUAUAUCGGUCUAUCUACAACAGUUCAUCUAUCUAUCUAUCUAUCUAUCUAUCUAUCUAUCUAUCUAUCUAUCUAUCUAUCUAUCUGA